UUUACACAAUAUGAAUUCGAAUUACCCGAGCCCAAUGGGCCUAUAAUUGUCUAUGGGUCUGCAAAAAAAUUAUUCAAACCCACCCUCAUCAAAAAUCGAAAUAGAAUACAGUCCUCCAUUAAAACACAAGAAUUAGUGAAGCUCAAAGCUAAGUCCCUGUUUGGCUGUCACACCCAAAAAAAAUGGAAACAGACAUACUGAUUCAGCUAGUUAUCCUUCUUUUCACUCUCGGAAUUUUCUACACCAUUUAUAAUUUCCCCAAACAAGCCUUAACCCGACUCCGAUCAAAAACCCGAUCCACAAACCAAGCCAAUUCCCAUUUCAUCAAAGGCGCUCAAUUCCUCUCCCGUGCAAAAUCAAAUCGGAGCAAAAAAAGCAUCUCCUUCAACCUCGCUAAACUCGCCGCCGGCGAAGCUGAUAAAGCUUUAUCGAUCGAUCCUAAAGAUCCAGCAGCUCAUAUUCUCAAAGCUUUAUCACUCGAUCUAAUCGGACACAAACUCUCCGCUUUAAGAUCGUUGGAUUCCGCCUUAUCUCCGCCAGCGGUGAAGUUGUUGUCCGGCGGCGAAAGAGCGGAUGCGCUGCUGAAACGGGCGGAGUUACUGGUGGCGUUGAACCGGAAGAGACGGGUUGAUUCGGCUUUAAUGGAUCUAUUAGAAGCUGUAAAAUUGAAUUGUUCGGAUCGGGCUAAGGCCUUUUGUUUGUUGGGCCAAUGUUAUGAGAUUAAGGGCUUGAAAAUUGAGGCCCAUAAUGCUUUUGAAGAGGCUUUAAAGGUUGAGCCUGAUUUGGUUUCGGCUCGUGAGGGAUUGGGCCGAUUAAGAUAGUUAAUCGGCCCAAUCCCUCAUCUCGUAUAUUAUCUUUUUUUUAAAAAUGUAUACUUUUAUAUUAUGUGUACUUUCAAUUGUCUAACAAUAA